AUGACCGAGGCUGCCCCCACCAAGCGCGCCUCCGCUGGCAAGCGUGGUCUUGCAUUCCCCAAACAAAACAACGGCGUCGCUGGGUCGACAUACACUCAGUUGUUCAAGAACUACGAUCAGAUAACAUGGAUGUACGACUGGGAGGCUGUCAUCGAUGGCACACCCAUCAGCGGUCUUGAAUAUGUCCCCCUCCUCCACUCCAACCAGGACUGGUGCACGGCUGGCUGGGCCACCAACGUCGCCAAUGCACAGAAGAACUACAAGGUCUCGCACGUGCUCUCCUUCAAUGAGCCUGACCAGUGCGGUGGCGGCGGCUCCUGCAUGUCCGUCUCGGACGCCGUGACCGCGCACAAGAAGUUCAUCCAGCCGCUCGCUGGAUCCCUAAAGAUCGGAUCGCCCGCCGUCACCAACGGCGACGGCGCCGACAAGGGCAUCAACUGGCUCAAGUCGUUCAUGAGCGGGUGCUCGGACUGCAAGAUCGACUUUGUCACCGCGCACUGGUACGCCUGGGACAAGGCCGAGGACUUCAAGACGUACAUGACAAACUUCCACAAGACGUUCAACAAGCCCGUCUGGAUCACCGAGUUCGGCGUCACCGAGGGCGAUGCGCCCGCCUUCCUCAAGGAGAUCCUGCCCUGGAUGGACCAGCAGAGCUGGAUCGAGAGGUACGCUUGGCACAUGGCUGCGCCUACUACCAACGAGGGUGGUCUCAAGUUCCUGCUCAACGAGUCCGGCAACGCGCUCAACGAGGUCGGCACUGCUUUCGCAUCGUAG